CCGCCGCCAGAGGCUGCGAAAAGAACCAGGAAAUCCGGUGCGCGGACAGAGGCGCUGAGCGACGCGUUCCCUUCGGGGUGGGAGGAUCUUUUCCCAGAGUCCAGAGAGCAGCAGGAGAGCAGCCCCGGACUUCCUUGCGAUCGACGGGACCUGCUGCUCCGCUUUGCUCUUCAGCGCGCAGAGGCGUCCGGCGAGCCUCCGGUCACAGCCUCGGGUUCCUGAGUGCAAAGCAGCACCAGCAGUUUGCGACGUAGGACAUUAUAAUAGCCCCAUGACUUAGCAGACCGGCUUGCAGCGACCCUGCCAGGGUUUGCAGCUGGUCUCAGUUCGCUUCUGAAGGAUUUCAGCAGAGAGGAGAUCUUGGUGUGCAGCAUGAGUCGACUGGGGAGGCUGGUUGGCUUCCUCUGCCUGUGGCUCCCUCACCUGCAGUGUCAAGGGUUCAGCUACACCCAGCCUGAGCAGGUGCACCUGUCCUAUCCAGGAGACCCCACCACCAUGAUGGUCACCUGGACCACCUUUGGCCCAGCAGAAUCCAUCGUGGAGUUUGGCCCCGAUCCGGGAGAGGCCUUCACUUGCUCGGCCAGAGGAGACGCCACGCGGUUUGUGGACGGCGGGAAGCUCAGACACACCAUGUUCAUCCACAGGGUCACCCUCCAGGGUCUCGUGCCAGGACAGCGCUAUGCCUACCGCUGUGGAAGUGAACAGGGCUGGAGCAGGUCCCACGGUUUCCGGGCCUUGCUGAACGGCACCGACUGGAGCCCCCGCUUCGCCAUCUUUGGGGACAUGGGCCUGGAGAACCCCCAGUCUUUGCCUCGACUGCAGCAGGAGGCCGAGAUGGGCCUGUUUGAUGUGGUGCUGCACGUAGGAGAUUUCGCCUAUGACUUGGACACGGACAAUGCCUAUGUUGGAGACGCCUUCAUGAGGAAGAUUGAGCCUGUGGCCGCCUUGGUGCCAUACAUGACUUGCCCAGGGAAUCAUGAAGAAAAAUACAACUUCUCCAACUACCGCUUCCGCUUCAACAUGCCCGGUGGCACGGAGAGCCUCUGGUACAGCUGGGACAUUGGACCUGCCCACAUCAUUUCCUUCUCCACUGAGGUCUACUUCUUCUUGAAAUAUGGACAGCAGCUCGUGGCAGAGCAAUUUCAGUGGCUGGAGAAGGACCUGCAGGAGGCGAACCAGCCCGAACGGCGCAAGGAACGUCCCUGGAUCAUUACCAUGGGGCACAGGCCCAUGUACUGCUCCAACAACGACCAGGAUGACUGUACGCUGUACGAGAGCAUUAUCCGCCGAGGCCUUGACCCACAGCAGUUUGGCUUGGAGGACCUGUUCUACAAAUACGGGGUUGACCUGGAGCUGUGGGCCCACGAACACUCCUACGAGAGGCUGUGGCCGGUCUACGACUACAAGGUUUGCAAUGGCAGCACCGAGGCCCCUUACACCAACCCUUGUGCCCCUGUUCAUAUUAUCACUGGAUCAGCUGGCUGCAGAGAGCGACUUGACCCCUUUGUCCCCGACCCACGAGAAUGGAGCGCCGUGCGGAUUGAGGAUUAUGGCUACACCCACAUGCAGAUCAUGAACAGGACUCACAUUUGGCUGGAACAAGUGUCGGACGACCAGAGUGGGAAGGUCGUGGAUGGGAUUUGGCUGAUCAAAGAACUGCACGGCCCAGAAGCCUGGCACUAGCAGGUCCUGGGUGACAUCCCUGUUCCCUUCCUGGUCUAGAUGGCGCCUGAGGCCUUUUCCUUGUGACAGCCAGCUUUCAACGCAGGAAGAAGAGGAAGCCACCAGAGCCAUCUCCCUCACUAGUCCCAGAAGCAGUAAGAACGUCAGAAGAUCAUGGCAAGGGGAUCAGGCGAACGACCCAUCUAUUCCAGCACCCUGUUCUUGCAGCGGUCAAGCCGAUGCCCCAGAGGGAAUCCCGCAAGAUUCCCUCCAAGCACAAGAGCACUUUCUCCCUUCCUGUGGUUUCCAGCAACUGGUAUUCAGAAACGUUGCUGCCUCCAGCUGUGAAGGCAGAGCACAGACAUCAUCGUCACCGAUAGCCCUCAGUUUCGUUGGCUCACCCCAUUAGGUUCUACUGUUAUGAAAAGUAGCAUCUUCUCUUUUGGAUUUGAACUCGGGAAAGUCACCAAGGCAGCUGUGGGUAGCAGGGCAUGCCAUUAUAAGGGGUGAAGCUUUAUUUUUGCAAAUCUCUUCAGUGAGAGAUUUAAAUUAUAACAUAAAAUUAUGCUUUGGGGGUGUGAGGAAUUCAAAUCUGCUAUAAUUUUGUGACUGGACAACAUUUAGUCUGGUUUGUCUACAAUGGAUGAAGAAGCACAUAAACUGCUUUAGAAAAAGCAAAGAAUUUAAAUUGUACCUUCUGAAAAUAAUCAUAAUAAUAACAUAGUGGACCCUCUGGAUAUGAUUGUAAUUUGUUCCGGGGGGUCUGUGCGCACCCCAAAAAUUAGAGGUAAGUAGAGGUGUCACUUCUGCGCACGCGAAACCCGGAAGAAUACACUUCCGGGUUUGCCACAUUCGCAACUUGAAAGUAACGUAACCCGAGGGUCCACUUUAAUAGAAAAUUAAUAUAUAACGUAACUGCAAGUACUUGAAAAUCAUUUUAAAUGAUUGCUAUUGAAUUCUACACACAAUUUGCUUACCAAGCAACAGUAAAUACAAUUAAUUAAACCAAAAUAUAUUUGGAGCUCCCAAGCCACGUUACAACUUUUUAGCACCCCUCAUUUUUGAAAGUUGAAAAAUGCAACCCACCCUACCGUGGGUAGGAUCCUGCUUUGCUGUCUUUCUUGCCAUCUCUGCAUUCUCCUCUUCAGCAACCACAACCUGGGAUUUCUCUCUCUUCUUCAGUGUAGUCUUUUGCUUCGCUUGCUCCUUAGCCAACCGCUCUUCCUCUCUGGAAGCACAAGACCUGAGGCAGGUGUUUGAUUCACAUCUCUACUCAGAACAUGACCAAGCAGAAAGUGAAAGGAAGUCUUGUCACUACGCAGAUUUGCAGGUGAAAUUAAUAUUAUUAAAUGGCAAGUUGUGAAUGACGUGCAGCCGCAAGCUUUUGAAAGGCUUAAGAGCCAUGGGAAUUGCUGUCACCCAAGCAAUAAUCUGGUGUGAAUUGUGUUUUCCUGUAGCACAGGACAGAGAAUAUUGUUUUUCCCCCACAACAAAGAAAUUACUUGAAUAAAAGUUUGGAAAAAGGGAA